AUGGGUUACACGCAACGGCGGAAGACGGUUUUUCGAAAACUGCGCCAACUCCUCGUCGUAUUUAGGCUUCGUGCGUUCAUUGUCCUAUCAGAUGGUGACGACAACCAUUACUGCUUGAGAAGUCACAAGGGAUAUCCUCCACCCGAUCUGGUUCAACUGCUACCGGAGACCACCCGAACUCUUGACGAUUUCCAAAAAAUUGAUACGAAUUUUCACCUUAAUAUGAAAUUGAAAGAAGAUCGGACCGCUUCCUCGGGUGGAGAUUAUAGUAGCAGAGCAACGUUCGUACCUCCCCAAUUUUCUCCCUUAAACGAAGUGAGGCAAUCGGCGAAUGUUUUAUCGACGCCUGAAGGCAGCCAUCAGCAUAAUAUGGCGACCCUUUUCGGCGAAAAACCACGCAGAAGGCGGAAGACGGACGGAAUUAGUUCUGAGUCGACAAUCAAAGGAAAGCAGAAGGCAGGUGCCGAUUACACGGUGUUCCACGAACAAGCAGUACCUCACCUUCUGUCAUUUUAUUGGCAUGGCGGCCGGGUACGCAAGGAUGCAAAGCGUAAAUUGGAUCAGUUAAAUGAUGAGAUCCAGAAAUUUAAUCUCAAGAACAACCUGACUGGGAACACGGGUUAUAUCCCCGUUGACCUAUUGAAGUCAGACGUCGAAAGUCUCGAUGAAGCCGUCAAAGAGAAAAGCAAAGCACUUUUCGAGCACGCCAAGGGACUUAUCCAACGAACCCUCCAAGUGUAUGCCCUACCUCCAGAACUCGGUCCUCGACAAGAGGAAUUUAACAAAAAGCUGAGAGUUGGGGAUGCGACCGCUCCUCACGAAGACGAUAUCGAAUCGACAGACAAGGGUGCCACGGCAGCCGAUUACUCGCCAUAUUGGGACCAGGCGACACCUCAUAUUACGUCGCUGCUCUGGGGCCGUGGUCCACUGCGCGAAGAUGCAAUCUCGAAGUUGCAACGACUGAACGAGAAGAUAUCUCAGUGGAAUAAAAACAACUCACUUUUUCAUCUAGGCGGUACCAUACCGCUGGUCGACUUGAUAAGGGAAGCCGGAGAACUUGAUCGAGCUGUUAGGCGCAAAGAUAGGGGAAAAUUUGAGAGGAUAAAGUCAACGAUUGAAGAGAUACUGGAUGGUUCUAAAGUUCCUCAAGAAUGGAGCCCCCAGGAAGAAGAUUUCAUAGCAGUACUCGCGAGCGGGGGCGAAUCAACAGAUGAGGAUUCUGGGCACGAGAGCAAUGAUAGGCAUGAGGGAGACACUAGUCAAGAGGAAAAUGAUUUGGGCGCUGAAGGCGGGAAUCAAGAGAACAUUGAAGGGGUUGAACACUCUUUCGAUGACCUUCGGCGAGAAGCCGAGAGGGCUUAUGGUGUUAGCUUUCAGGAUGGAACUGUCACCGGUUGGCGGGGACGCGGCAAUGGCUACACAGUCUGCGUCAUGUACAAAUGCAAUGGCAUAGCCACAGGCCGGUUAGAACGGGCGGGGGGCCGCGACUUUGUGAUGGACGCGCGCUCUCACAUUGCAACGAACUCUCGAGGCGACCUACGGGAUAACAAUACAAAUGUACCGGUAACCAGGAGAAACCAAGGCAGGGUCGGCCGGCGGGUGUGGACGGGGAAGAGAGUGAAAAAAUACGGACUCAUCUACUGGAAGGUUGAUGAUGCAUGGGUGCAAGACCCUACAGCGCCCCUGCGUCCGGCGCAAAAAGCCUGGUACCCAGAAACGUAUCUGAGUAUCCUCUGGGAUGACGGGUGCUGGACAAAGGAGAGUAGAGCAAACUGUCGCAACAUAUUCAAUACCGCAAGCGAUUACCAAGCAGACAUGAUUCUGUACACAAUUGCACGCCAGCAAGAAGCCAAAUACCAGACCGCACUCACCGGCCGAGAGGUUCAAAUUCCCGAGGCUCCAACGUCGAACCCUCACUGGAGGAAUGCUAAUGCUCGAGGUGGCGCACACUACACGAUCCCGAGAGCACGGGAAGUUGGCUAUGUCGAUGAAGAGGACGAGGAAGAUGGUUUCGUAGUCUCGGAUGAAGAGUAUGAAGUGUCAGAAAGCGAGCUCGAGACAUACGAGGACUCCGAAGUUGAGCAUAAUGGAGGCGAACGCCGACGCGGCGCAAGCCAUGAAUUCAGCCCCAGGCAACAACCGCAUCCAAGAGAACACUCCGAAUACAUCUCCAGCGUAAGACCAGGACGGAAUCAGGGGUUCGCCAGGAACCCAGUGGAGGACGAGGAGGACGAAGAAUCUGACGUGGAUGUCAGACUUCCCAGGCCUCGGGAGUAUACCAGGAGGGAUAGGCCGAAGGACAACGAGGAGGCAACGAUCAGGUCCACCGGGCGAAGAAGAUCAAACCCGGGUUCUGCUAGGAAAACAAUGCAGGAGGAGCCUAGGGAGGAAACCAGUUACCGCACACCUGGGCGUAUGCAACAUCAAAGAGGUGGGAGAAGUUCCUCUAUGACUACGCCAUCGAGUGCGGCACCGGCGAUUUUCUCCAGCGCAGGACGUUCACUCAGCUCCGCGACAACCCCAAUGACACCGCUAGAUACGCCUUCGCGUACAAAGGGUUCCGGGAGCGGGAAGAAGGUCAAGUUCACAAGGCACGCCUGGUGA